UCGCCGCUCGAGCUUCGAAGUUCGAACAGCGAAAUCAACGCGUAGAUACAAGAUAUCACAAGAGAUUUGCUGUGUUACUUUUUAUGAUUUAUUGAAGUGAAUUGUGACUCUAGAUCAAAAAUAAUUAAUUAAUGUGAUAAAGUAACAACCAAAGCUUAAGUGACAACAAAUUAAAGCAGUGAUGUUCUAUGUUUGAAAAGUUAUAAAAUGAUAUAAUUUCAACUUGGUUCCAUCGCCGUAGCCGCUUUGUUCAGUUACAAUAUGGCCGCCACCCGGUCUAUUUGUCAAAGAUAUUUUAUCAGUGUUCAGUUAAGACGAUUCUGUGCAUAUUUACAUAAGUUUAAAGGUGUCCAUAGUGAUUAAGCAUAAAUACCAAAAGCUUGGCAUGUAUUACUAAACAUAAUUAACUAUAAACAAUAAUAAAUAUAAAUGACUGUAGUUAGUAGGUACAUUUAUUUUUUUAUCAGUGAGAACGAAAACAAUUUAGUAACCUUGAAAUAAUAUAAAUAAAAAAUCUUAGUGAUCAAAAGAAGAAAAUUAAAAAUAAGUGUAUGCGAGAUGACAAACUAUGAGCGGGCACAAUGAACCCGCCUCAUUGUUUCCCUCUAAUUCAGCUGUGCUACUCAUGGGUGUUGAGCGCAGCGAAAAUGCGAGCGGCAACGCGAACAGCGCAGAUGUGGCUGGCACGGGGCUCGAGUCCACCGUCAAUGGAGCUGCGACCGCAGAGGUUAAAGAUGAGCCACCAUGCAAAAAGCAGAAGUUGCUUUCCGACGACAUUGCAACUCUGCGGAAAAGAAUACUGGAAUACAAGUUGCUUCGGUUGAAAAACUUACGUGAUAGGUUCACGGAGCAACUCAGCGAGCUAUACUUCCUGCAGGCGGGCGGUAACAUGAUAGACUAUGCGGCUUGGCGCAAGCGACCGCCGACGCCGCAACUACUAGCUUUCCUGGAAGCGCAGCGCCCGCCUGGUGCCGCGACCGUCGCAGUCCCACCAUCCACACCCACUCCCGCACUCACCCCUCCGGCUGCCGCGCCCGAAGUCACGUCCGUCGCUGUCCCUGCUUCUACGCCCGCACCUGCCCCCGUUGCUGCGCCCAGCCCUGCUGCGAUCGCAGCGGACGAGGUGGUGGAGAAGGCGAAGCAGGAAGCUUACGUGGCGGGACGCGUGGCGGAGCUGGUCCGUGCAGGGCUGUGGACGGAACGGCGGCUGCCGCGUGUCAUGGAACCGCCGCGACCCAAGACACAUUGGGACUACCUGUUGGAGGAAAUGACGUGGCUAGCGCAGGACUUCGCUCACGAGCGCAAGUGGAAGAAACAAGCUGCUAAAAAGUGUGCAAGAGCGGUGCAGAAAUACUUUCAAGAGAAAGCCUUGGCAGCUCAGAAAGCUGAAAAAGCCCAGGAAUUACAACUUAAGAAGAUAGCUGCUUUUGCUGCAAAGGAAAUUCGAAUGUUUUGGACAAAUGUAGAAAAGUUGGUAGAGUGGAAAAGGGAACAAAGAGUUGAAAAGGCACGUAAAGAAGCAUUAGAUGAGCAGCUGAGCUAUAUUGUUGACAAAACUGAACGUUACUCACGUCAGCUGGCGGCAAACCUGCAUGCCCCCGCAACCACCACGCCUAGCUCAACGACACAUUCUGAUGAUGAGUUCCAGCCGCGGGGCGACUCCGAUGACGACGAGGAGACGAUUGCAGCCGCAGAGCGCGAUGACGACGACAACCGGGAAGAGAUUGACGCUCUCCAGCGCGAGUCGCAUCUCGACCUGGGCGACCUUCUGCCGCCUGGUUACCCGCACGACCUUCCACCACCAUCCCCCCCACCUUCCGACUACGGCGCCGAUAGUGACUCGGCUGACGACGAGGAUACGAUAGCAGAACAGGAAAAGACCGAGCGAGAUGACGAGACGGCGGCCGAAAUAUCAGCAUUACAGGAUGAAGCGGAGCUGGAUAUAGAUGAGCUGGUGCGGAGGUACCGGCCCGAGUCGCCUUCUACACGCACCACCGAAACACCUUCCGUCGACACGGAUACGGACGCGAGCACAGAGUGCUCCGACGAAUGCGACGAGUCGUCAGACGGCUCAGAGUGUCUCGAGGCGUUGGUUGAAGGUGAAACGGGGAGCAAGGAAUUAGUGGAGACGGAAGAUGGUGAGCAACGGGUGGAAGCAGCCGCGACUCUAGCGGCCUCGCUCCAGCCCACCGGCACCACCCUGUCAGAGACCAUGGUCGGAACUCCAGUUCCAAGCUUAUUAAAGCAUUCCUUGCGUGAAUACCAGCACGUUGGCCUCCAUUGGCUGGCGACUAUGCAUGCGCGGAAACUCAACGGUAUCCUCGCAGACGAGAUGGGCUUAGGCAAGACUAUCCAAACUAUUGCUCUGUUAGCGCACCUUGCGCUCGAGCACGAGGAUUGGGGGCCACAUCUCGUGCUCGCACCGACCUCAGUUGUGCUCAACUGGGAGAUGGAGUUCAAGAAGUGGUGUCCCGCAUUCAAGAUACUCACAUACUACGGUACGAUCAAAGAGAGGAAACUCAAACGCGUUGGCUGGACCAAAGCCAACUCGUUUCAUGUGUGCAUCACAUCAUACAAACUUGUUGUCCAGGAUCAUCAGAGCUUUAGGCGGAAAAGGUGGAAAUACUUAAUAUUGGAUGAAGCACAGAAUAUUAAAAAUUUCAAGUCACAAAGGUGGCAGAUGUUGCUUAACUUUCAAACAGAGAGACGGUUACUGCUGACGGGUACACCUCUUCAAAAUAGUCUGCUGGAGCUGUGGUCGCUGAUGCACUUCCUAAUGCCGGACGUGUUCGCGUCGCACUCCGAGUUCCGCGCGUGGUUCGCGGAAGUGGCGGGCAUGGCGGAGGGUUCUGCGCGCCGCUCGGAGGAACUACUGCGGCGAUUGCAUCAGGUGCUGCGGCCGUUUCUUCUGCGCCGGUUGAAGCGUGACGUGGAACGACAGAUGCCGCGCAAGUACGAGCACGUGCUGUUGUGCCGACUCGCCGCGCGCCAGCGAUGCCUCUACGACGACUUUAUGUCACGAGCCAAAACGAAGGAGAGCCUGUCGUCGGGCAACCUACUGAGCGUGAUCAACGUGUUGAUGCAGCUGCGCAAGGUGUGCAACCACCCCGACCUGUUCGAGCCCCGGCCCGUGAGCUCGCCGCUGCACCUUCCGUCGCUGGCGUGCCCGCUGCCCGCGCUCGUGCUGCUAGAGUCGCUCGCCGAGCGUGUGGCGGCGGCCGCGCGGCUGGGCGGGGACCUCGCCACGCUGGAGGCGAGCGGGGCCGAAGCGUUCCCGGCGCACCGCGCGCGCCACCUCGCGCCGCCGCGCCGCCUCGUGGAGGAGCUGCCGCCGCGGGAGGCGCCGGCCCGGCCGCCCGCCGCCGCGCUCCGCCUGCACCUGCGCAUGGUGCCGCGCGUGCCGCCGGGCCGCACGCCGGCCGUGGCUCCGCCGCGCCUCGCCUCGCGCGUGCCGGCCGCGCCCGUGCAGCCCGAGCCUGCAGCUGCGCCCCAACUCGACACAAAAAGUAUAUCAGCGCGGCGGCUGGAGGCGCACCGGCGGGAAAGUCUGCGACGGCUGGGCGCAGUGAACGAGCGGCGCUGCUGGCGGCUGCCGCUGUUUGGCGCCGACCUGCGGGCAGCGCUGCACGCGCCCGCGCCGCUGCCGCCCAAGACACUGCCCGACCUGCUCGACCAGAUGCGGGACGUUAUCGACAAGUUCGCCGUGUGCUGGGAGGCGUGCCGCGCGGGUGCCGUGGCGGCGAGUGCGUCAGCGGGAAGCGGCGCGCGCGAGUGGCGGCGGCGGUGUGCGCAGGCGGAGCGCGUGCUGGAGCCGCCCAUGUGCGACGCGUUACGGUUGCUGCACGCGCCCGCUCUCAAACACGCGGUUGCCUUCCCGCACCCCUCAUUGCUGCAAUAUGACUGUGGCAAGCUGCAGACGUUGGACAGCUUGCUACGGCGGCUGAAGGCGGGCGGACACCGCGUGCUGCUGUUCACGCAGAUGACUAAAGUCCUGGACGUGCUGGAAGCCUUCCUGUCGCUACACGGCCACACGUACCUCCGUCUGGAUGGCGCCACGCGGGUCGAGCGCCGCCAGAUCCUUGUAGAUCGCUUCAACAGCGACCCGCGUAUUUUUGCUUUCAUCCUAUCCACGCGCAGCGGCGGCGUCGGACUCAAUCUGACCGGCGCAGACUCGGUGGUGUUCUACGACUCGGACUGGAACCCGACCAUGGACGCGCAGGCCCAAGACCGCUGCCACCGCAUCGGGCAGACGCGCGACGUACACGUGUACCGACUCGUGACCGCCGGCACCGUGGAGCAGAACAUCUUGCGCAAGGCGGACCAGAAGCGCGCUCUCGGCCAUCUCGCCAUAGAGGACGGACACUUCACCACCUCCUACCUCCGCGCGGAUAACAUAAAAGACCUGUUCGGUACGGAGGGCAUAAGUGGAGAGGCGGCUGACGGCGAACUUGAGAGCGCGCUGGCGGCAGCCGAGGACGAGGCCGACGCGGAGGCCGCCCGGGCCGCUCGCGCCGAGGCUUCCACUGAGCUGGCCGAGUUCGACGAGACCCUGCCGCUGCCGGAUGACGAGGCCGACAGCCGCGAAAAUAAUCACAAGCCACAAGACGAGUUCUCUUCGCUCAUGCAACAGCUGACGCCGGUGGAAAAGUACGCGAUGAGAAUGGUGGAGAGCAGCGAGGCGGCGAGCGAAGCGGAGCGGACCGCGCUCGGGGAGAUGCAGCGCCAGUUGCGCGAGUGGGAGCAGGCCCGCGCGGCGCUGCGCACGCAGCACGACGAGCUCGGGGACGCGCCCGCCGCCGACGAGCCCGCGCUCACCUACAGCGGGGAAGACGCGCGCACUAAGGUGUGGAUAAAUGACUGCCGCGCCGGAGAGACCAUGCCGAUGUGGUGUCCGCCCACCCCACCGUCGAGCGACGGCGACGUGUACUGCGAGCCGUGGCUGCGGGCGCUCUACCGUCGCGGCGCCGCGCCCGACGGCCUGCUGCCGCCCGCCCGGCCGCGCGCCGCCCGCGACCCGCGCUGCACCCGCCCCGCCGGCCGCGCGCCGCCCGCCCCGCCCUCGCUGUUCGAGCGAGCCGGCCCGCGGCCCCGCCCCCGGGCCCGCCUGCCGCCCGCCGCGCCGCGCGACAUCGCCGCUCCACCGCCCGAGUGGGCCGGCUGCGAGGAUGCCGCGCUGCGACGUGCGCUGCGUCUGCAGCGGUUGCCCGCCGAGCCGGGCGCCGCCCUCGCGCCCAACUGGGAGUGGCUCGCCGAAAUCGUAAAUGAAGCGUCCCGCGCCUACCGCUCACCCCGCGCCUGUCGCGACCGUCACGACGCGCUCGCCGACCCGGAGCGCGCCCGCCGGAAGCACCGCAAGCCGCCCCCCGCCCGCCGCCGACCGGACGACGACUCUCCGCGGCCGCCCCUCACGCGGAUCGAGGCGAUGCGCGAGGCGGACGAGCGUCGACGCGCCGCGCCAAAACGUCGCCUGGACGACGCGACGCACCGCAACCCUAAACAUGCCGCGUUGCUCGCCGACCACGGCGUCGACUACGAGGCCCCUCCCACCCCCAUGGAGGUGGCGACGCGUCGCGCCGAACGCAUCGCUAAAGAGAAGCUGAAGACGGGAGGGACGCAGGCGACGCCGUCCACCGCGCCCACGGCGACCGCCCCGCCCGGCCCGUCGGGUGGCGCUCCCCCGCAGCGUAUAGUUGUGGCGGCGAGUGCGGGCACCGCCGCCGCAGCGGGAGUCGGUAAACCGGAACUGAUCCGUCGCGCGCGGCCUCCGGGUGCGGUGACGGCGAGCGUGGCGGCCGCGGUGGUGUCGGCGGCGGGCCCGCAGCUGGUCUACCGCCAGCAGCCACUGGCCGCUCGACACCACCUCAAGAUCCUUCACCACUCGUCGCCCGGACAAGCUUCUCAGAGUGUGGUGACGUCUGCGAGCCUGGCCAGUGCGGAGGGCGGGGCGGCCCUGCGCACGCUACAGCUCCAGCAGCUGGCCCUGCGGCGCGCGCCGGCUGCGGGCGGCGGGCUGCGCGCGCAUCACCAGCACGUGGUGCUCGCACACCUGGCGCCCGCGCCCGCACCCUCGCCCGCUCCAACCGCGCCCUCCCCCCAGACACACAACCCAAAUAAGACUCUUUAAGAUUAAAUUAUUUGA